UCUACUCCUCCUCGAGCCUAGUACUUAUCCAAAAUGAAAGCUCAAAAUAUCCUCGUUCCCCUGGCUGUCCUGCUCGCAACAGGUGUUCAGGCCAGCCCAUGCAAACCAUCGUCGAGUAUAACAUCCACCUCUGGUGAAAUCAAUGCCACCACAGCCACCAAGACUACUGCUGCUUCCACGACCACCACCGAUGAGAAUGCUACCACAGCCACUUCGACUGCCGCUACUUCUACGGCCAUCACCGAUGAGGCCACAACUGAGCUCGAGACAUCUUCUGUUGAGCUCACUUUAAGCACUGAAACAACCACUGCUGCCGAAACAACCACUGCUGCCACCACAACCGCAAGCCCCGGCUUGACCUAUCAAUGCCCCGGUGGCUUCCCAUCUGGGCCCAAGUGCGGCGUCAAGGAACAACAAACCGGUUCAGGAGUAACCUAUCUUGGUGUUCAGAUUGGCUCAUUCACGCUAGACGAAUGCGUGCAAUUCUGCAUUGACACGCCCAACUGCGAUUACUUUGCCAAGCAAGACCUUCCAAACGAUGGAUUCUGUGAGUUCUGGAGCGGAACGUUUGCCAGUCAGGGUUACCAGCAACCUUGGGCUUGGUAUGAGAUGGAUUGCUUUUGUAAUCUCCCUGUAGAGAACUUGGCCACUACAACAAGCAUUGCUCCUCCUUAAGGAAAUACCUUAUAAGUUGUUUAGUUAGGAUAAUCCCCUGUCUAAAGUUAAUCUUCGUAUAAUAAAGCUGAGUAUUGUACUUUCCACUGCCUAA